CGUAACUCUGGUUUUUUAAAGUUUGACGGAAUGACCUCGAACCCUUUCAUUCUCCCGGAUUUUGAGACUAUAUUUGAAUUAAGAGAUAAAGAGAAGGAAGAAAAGCUUAAGAGGGUAAGGGAGCUUUCGCAGUUAAAAGUGCACGAGAAAAUUCCAUAUGACAAAAAAGUUAAAACAAGACGUUCUUUCCUCGAAGAACUUUCUUCCGGCAUUAGAGAUACUACCGCCGAUGCGGAUAAUACUGCUUUUAUCUUACAGAAAACAAAAAGACAAUUCACUGACAGAGAAACAAAGGAUCAAUUCAUUGCGAAUAGGAGAGAAAUGUUUUUUCUGGAGUAUUCUAUCGCUGUUCAGCGGGCAGAACUAAAACGAUUGGUUGACCUAGCGUCUCAUGAAGAGAAAAAACUAGAGCUUGCUGAACAAUGUUUAGAACAAGAUGCUGCACUUUUUGAUGAGUUUCUAAAGGAGAAUGAUAAGAGUUCUGUCGAAGCAGUUGCUAGUUCUGAACAGGAAGCUCGUAAACGUGCCAUGAUGGUUGAUAAAAUUAAACAGUUAACUCUACAGAAAUCACAAAUCAAUGCGGAGAUUACAAGACUAAAAGAAACUGUAAAGGAUUAUAAAUAUUUCAAGGGAUUUAUUGAACGUUUAAUUCCAGAACCGUUCAAUACAAUAAGACAAACUGCUAAACAAAAUAAGCAACAAAUGAAAUAUAGACAGAAAUUAUUGCUUGACAGUUUUAAUUCAAAGCCAUCAUCAAUUGCUUCAAGUGAAAAAUCUAAUCGGAAACCAUCUUUCGUUUUAACUAGAAGAUCAUCACUAAUGUCAAUCGCAACUACACCACCGUCUAAAGAAGUGAAAAAAUUGAAAGAGAUUCAACCGUACGAUGACAGUUCAAGCAGUGAAGACAGUGAUGACGACGUGUAUUUUACGAAUCCUGAACAAAUAUUAACUAUUAUGCGUGAUUUAGAAGACACUAAUUUACGAUUGAUUCAACACUGUCAAGAAUCAGAUGAUACCAUUGAAAUAUUACGGAAUCAAGUGAACGAAAGUGUAGAUAACUAUCAGAAGGAUGUUCGCAUUUUAUCGAAGCACCAAACCUCCCUUCAAGAAGCUAUUAACUCAGAAAAAAUUAAAACGCAAUGCUUAAAUUUAAGUAUGAGUGAUUUUUUAUUUUCGGGUUACGAUUCAGAACAGCAGAAAUUAAUUUUGAAUGAUCUUCAUGAAAUUAUUACUGAGGUUUAUCGAGAUACUAUUCGGAAAUCGGACACACCACUGAGUUCACUACAAAUGUUAUACGAAAUUGAGGCUAAAAUGGUUGAUCUACUAGAAUUUCUGCAAACGCUUCCUGAAGAUGAAGUGAAGGAAGUGAAACAAGCCAAAGAAGCUGAACAACGACAACAAAUUAAAGAAGAGAAGAAGAAUCAACAACGGAUAUAUCAAGAGGAGCGAAUACAAAAGGCGUUAGAACGUGCAAAAGCUGAACCAAAGAAACAGACUGGACGCAGACUGGUGACUCGAUCACAGCCUCCAGUAAUACACAAAUCAGAUGACAGGAAAAAUGAUGCAGAAGCUAGAGAAGCAAAGGAGCUAGCCUUCUUAUUCGAAUGAAUAUACUUUAAGUACUAAUAAUUAUAACAGUAACAAUUUAACUUACAAAUUUAUCCACAGCUUUUCUUAAUAUUUUUCUAUGCAUAAUAACCAUACUACUUAUAAUAAUAAUUAUUGUUAACAUUCAAGAUUUUGUAAACUUUACGUAUGCAG